AUGUCGUUACGGCUAUAUCAACGAGGAAUCUUUUCAUUAAGAUCAUCAUCUGUCUUAUCACCCAGAUUAUUACCAGCAAGAUCCACUCGUUUGGCGUUCAGAUCGUACAGUGACGAUCACAGGGGGUCCCCAUCAGAAGAGAAAAUUAGAAGAGCACGGGAGAACUAUGAGAGAUAUCAAAAGCAAAACGAAGAAAAGAUGAAGCUAAGAAACAGAUCUGCUGCAUACUACUCUGGGUCUGUGAUUAUGUUCUUUUUGGGUCUUUCAUGUGUAGCUGUUCCAUUUUAUAGGUACCUUUGUAAGAGAACUGGAUGGGACGGCACGCCAAUCACAGACUCCAGAAUGUUUACGCCAGACCGUUUGAUACCGGUUGACACCAAUAAGCGGAUCAGAGUGUCUUUCACCUGUCAGGCAUCAGGAAUGUUGCCCUGGAAGUUCACGCCCUUGCAGAAAGAGGUUUACAUCGUGCCAGGAGAAACAGCGCUUGUAUUUUACAGGGCAAAGAACAUGUCAAAGGAAGACAUAGUUGGUAUGGCCACGUAUUCUGUCACUCCCGAUAACGUGGCGGCAUACUUCAACAAGAUCCAGUGCUUCUGUUUUGAGGAACAAAGGCUUGCGGCAGGCGAAGAAGUCGACAUGCCUGUGUUUUUCUUCAUUGAUCCAGAUUUUGCCAAGGACCCUACGAUGAAGAAUAUUGACGAUGUCAUCCUUAACUACUCCUUCUUUAAGGCGUCGUACAAGGAUGGAGAGUUGGCGCCUAUACCUAUGCCAAAGGUUGAAGUGAAGGCAUCUGUGGCUUAG